CGUAAGGCUUGCAAAGGUUGCCCUCAGACCUGGUGCUGGAGAUUUUGUCAAUGGGAUUCUUCGUAAGCUAGUCUCACUUAAGGGAUCUGCAGGAAAAAGACGCCCUUCCGUUACCUAAAGUGGAAGGGGAUGAUCGUGCACAAGCACGUGCACUUGCUACCCUUCAUUCUCAUCCGGUUGUAAGUUCGUCUAGCUAUAGCCUCAUCUUUUCUUGCGGUUUUAAUUUGAUGGUGUGAAAUCGAUUCUUUGAACUUGUGAGGCUCCUAAGUUACUUGGUUUAGCUGUGAAAAUAUCUAUGUAGUGCUGAAUAAUUGCAAUGAGGCCUCAUUUAGGUUUUGUGGCCUUAGCGGUGGCGAUCUGCAACAAGCUAUGAGCAAGGUGGGCUCAUCGCUGUACAGUCGCCUCCAUGGGAUCUUCAAAGAGUCUGCAAUCGCCACCGCUAAGUCCACAAAACCUAAACGCCAAACCAAACCCAGUAAGUUCCCUAGUAAAUUGAAGGCACCCACCGCAUCUUCCACCGCCGUAGUAGACGGAGUCAAGUCGUCGAAUGACGCAAAGGAAUUGAAAACUUCGAAAUUGACGAAGAAAGUAGAGAAGUUCAAGAAAUCGUGCGAGUCAGAGAGUUUCCGGCAAGUCCAUGGACUCUACAGUGCGUUUAUCCGCCGUCUCAGGGAAGCGAAGAAGUUCUCAACGAUCGACGAAGUCCUUCAGUACCAGAAGAAGUUCGAUGACAUCAAGUCUGAAGAUUUCGUUAUCCGUAUGAUGCUUCUUUAUGGAUACUCAGGCAUGGCGGAGCAUGCACACAAGUUGUUCGAUGAAAUGCCUGAGCUAAACUGUGAGCGUACUGUCAAAUCGUUCAAUACGCUUUUAUCGGCUUAUGUUAAUUCGGGGAAGCUUGACGAGGCCAUGAAGGCCUUCAAGGAGUUGCCGGAGAAGCUAGGUAUUACCCCUGAUUUGGUUACUUAUAAUACUAUGAUCAAAGCACUUUGCCGUAAAGGCUCUAUGGAUGAUAUAUUAGCCAUCUUUGAGGAGCUGGAGAAGAAUGAGUUUGAGCCUGAUCUGAUUACUUUCAACACACUGUUAGAAGAGUUAUAUAGGAGGGAGUUGUUUGUUGAAGGAGAUAGGAUUUGGGAUUUGAUGAAAUCCAAGAAUCUUGCUCCUAACAUCAGGAGUUAUAACUCCAGGGUGAGAGGUCUGACUCGGAACAAGAAGUUCACUGAUGCAAUUAACUUGAUUGAUGUUAUGAAAACCGAAGGGAUACUCCCAGAUGUUCAUACAUACAAUGCUUUCAUCACGGCUUACCGCCUUGAUAACAACCUCGAGGAGGUUAUGAAAUGGUACAAUGAGAUAAAGGAGAAGGGUUUGACUCCUGAUACAGUGACUUACUGUUUGUUAAUCUCUCUUCUCUGCAAGAAAGGUGACCUAGAUAGAGCGGUUGAGAUAUCUGAAGAGGCCAUCAAACACAAGCUUCUGUCUCGCCCCAACAUGUACAAACCCGUGGUUGAGCGUUUGGUGGGUGUAGGCAAGAUUGAUAAAGCAACACAGCUAGUGAAGAAUGGCAAGUUACAGAGUUACUUUCGGUACCUACCAGACGUGUCUGGUAAAAAGAAGGCCACUUCCACUCCGGUCUUGUCAAGUCAAGAGACCUCUUCGAGUCCCUUAAGUCCGGAGACCCUUCUGUUCUCUUUAAGUCUGGAGACCUCUUCAAGUCCGGACUCCUCUUCAAAUCCGGACUCUUCCAGCUCGGUCUCUUCUAGUCUGCCGACUACUCCGAGUGUGGACUCUUCCAGCUCGGACUCGGAAUCUACGAGUCCGUACUCUUCCAGCUCGGGCUCUUCGGGUCUGCACUCUUCCAGCUCGUACACUUCCAGCUCGGGCUCUUCGAGUCCUUACUCUUCCAGCUCAGUCUCUUCGUCUGGCUUGUUGGACGAUUAAGAGUGGUUGAUCAGUGUUUAGCAACUGGAAUGCGUGAUGAUGUUGGCCUCCUAUCUGGUCUCUCUUGUGAUUUUGUUUUCAGUUUUUAUUUUUCGGAACUUUAUUUUCCUUUCUAAAUGUUAAAGAUUUCUUUAUUUCUUUGGGCAAAAUUUUUUAGAGAUUAUGUCUUGAAUAAAGUUUUAAAUUCUUCUU